CUUGAUAAAAUACAGAGCAAUACACAGAAUUUUUUAGCGUUGCAUUAAGAUAUGUGUGUCAACUGUUAAUGUACUUUUCUUUCCGUUGUAUUUCAGUUAUUUUUAAAAAAAAAUCAUUUGAACAUGCAAACUCCAUGCAGAAAAAGUCAAACACAGAACUUUUUGCUGCAUGACAGAGCUACCAUCUGCGCCACUGUGCAGCCCUAAAUUCAAUAUAUUCCCUGGUAAUACUAUCAAUGGCAUAUUUAAAUAUUCAUAAAUAAAUGCAAUCUUAAAGUAUUUACGGAACAUAAAGCAAAUCGGAGAAGAACUGUAUUUUUUUCCUGAGCAACAUGCCACUUACAACAUGGCGGAAAGGUUGACGGACGAUCCUGACGCUGACACACAUGUUUACAAGCACCAAUCCGAAGCCUGAGGAAGUCGUUCUGCUAACAUAAUAUCAAUGUUGGAAAAUGUUAAGAAAGCAAGACGAGUUUCGAUCAAAUUUACGAUUCAUUAGAAAAAUAAGCGUGAUGAAUAAUGCAAAAAUAUGACACGUUUUCUUUAUAUGAAACCUCUUUGUCAUGCGCGUGGCUGUUGCAACUUUCUGUUAGCAUACUAGCAUAGUUUGGCUACGGAAGUAGAGAAAGCAGCGCUGUGAAAAGCGCAGCGGGCAGCUCAGCCCCUUCAUUGUGACAGUCAGAGUGUAAAGGUGUCGCAGUAAGCUUCUUCUGUUUGUCUGAGUUUCUGCUGGUACCAUGGCGCGGGUAGAGACAACCUCCAGCAGGCCGUACCAUCUGGUCAUCUUCGGAGCUUCUGGCUUCACGGGGCAGUUUGUGGUGGAGGAGGUAGCCCGGACGGCGUCCGAGGGACCCAAAGGGAGCCUGAAGUGGGCCGUGGCUGGCAGGAGCAAGCAGAAGCUGGAAAAAGUUCUGGAGCAGGCCGCUGGAGUCCUCAGUAAGCCUGAGCUCCGGACUGAGGUGGACGUGAUCGURGCAGACGUAGGCGAGCCCGACUCCCUGGCAGCCAUGUGCAAGCAGGCUGUGAUUGUUCUGAACUGCGUCGGCCCGUACCGGUUCUUUGGCGAGCCCGUGGUCAAAGCCUGCGUGGAGAACGGAGCGCACCACAUCGACAUCUCUGGAGAGCCGCAGUUUUUGGAGGGCAUGCAGCUGAACUACAGCAGCCAGGCGGCAGAGAAAGGCGUCUUCGUCAUUGGAAGCUGUGGCUUUGACUCCAUUCCKGCAGACAUGGGAGUCAUCUACACACGAGAUCAGUUCAGGGGCACCUUGACUGCUGUGGAGAGUUUUCUGACUGUCGGCAUGGGACCUGAGGGUGGGUGUAUCCAUGACGGGACRUGGCAGUCGGCCAUCUACGGCUUCGCCGACAGCCAGAAACUCCAGAGUCUAAGAAGGAAGUUUAACCACAAACCUCUGCCCACCGUCGGCUCCAAGCUGCGGCGCAGGGGAGCUCUGUUCUACAGUAAUGAGAUCCAGCAGUACGCUCUUCCCUUCAUGGGUUCUGAUCCGUCCGUGGUGAAAAGAUCCCAGCGCUUCCUGGCAGAGGAACAUCAAGCCACGCCGGUCCAGUACGGAGCGUAUGCUGGAGUUGGAGGUAUUGGCAGCAUCAUCAGGCUGAUGUUUGCCGGCAUGAUGUUCUUGUUGUUGGUCAAGUUCGGUUGGGGUCGCAACCUGCUCAUAAAGUAUCCAGAGUUUUUCUCCUUUGGGAUGUUCUCGAAAGCCGGACCAACCAGAAAGCAGAUGGAGGGAUCAUCCUUCCAGUUCUCCUUCUACGGCGAGGGUUACACAGACGGUCAGGACCCCACGCAGGGAAAACCUAACGCCAAGAUCCGCACUCUAGUUCAGGGACCAGAGGCCGGAUACGUGGCCACGCCCAUCGCCAUGGUGCAAGCUGCUCUCACGAUGCUCAACGAACCGGCAGCUUUGCCCAAGACGGGAGGAGUUUAUUCUCCAGGAGCUGCUUUCGCUAACACCACCCUCAUCGACCGCCUCAACAAACAUGGCAUCCAGUUCUCUGUCAUCUAACCCUGACAUUUCUGUGAGCAUUUAACAACAUGCAAAACUAUAACUGGGAAACUUUUAGCUUAAAAAUAUACUUUUUUUUUUUUUUAUUAUUAAAAUACUCUUGAAGCUUCA